CGCGCGUCUUGCACUUCUAUAUGCCGCGCCGUGCUGAGCUUCGUGGCUUGAUUGUUCAUUACGCGUCGAGUGAUUUUUUUCUUUAUUAGUGCCCAGAGAAAAACUGCAGGAAAACAUGAGCAAGGAGCAGGAUAGGAGCGCCGAUGGUUCGGGCACCGGUGGCACGACCGGCCAAGGAAAACAGCUGUCCAAAAAACAAUUAAAAAAGAUGAGACGGACAAAGAUUAAAAUUGGAAUUUUCAGUGUUACGGCUUUGGUUUGCUUACUUCUUGGAACUAGUAGCUUGAUUUUUUUGGAGUCAUUUUUUCAAAAUAUUAUAAAACAGGAAUUAACAUUGUCGCCAAGCUCAAGAAGUUAUAAAAUGUGGAUGAAAACACCUAUACCCAUGUAUUUAAAGAUACGUUUAUUUAAUUGGACGAAUCCAGCUGAAGUGCAAAAAAAUCCUACUGUAAAGCCGCACUUUAAUCAAAUGGGCCCGUAUGUUUUCAGGGAAGUCAAUUAUAAAGUUCAUCAAGUCUGGAAUAACGGAAAUUCAACAAUAACGUUUCAACAGCAGAGAAUUUGGCAUUUUGAACCAGAUUUGUCUAAUGGCAAAUUAACAGACUAUGUCACGACAAUAAAUCCUAUUGCUUCAACUAUAGUAUACAUGGUGAGAAAUAAAAAUGCAUUGUUCAAGACAUUAGCCAUUAAAAUUUUGGAAAGACUCGAAAAAUUAACAGUGACAAAAACAGUUGGUCAAUUUCUAUUUGAUGGUUACGAAGAUCCAUUAUUGGACGCAGCUACUCAAGCUAAACUGAAACUUAUUCCCUUUGACAAGUUUGGUUGGUUCUACAGUAGAAACGGCUCUGAAAACUAUGAUGGUAUUUUUAAUAUAUUGACUGGAGCAAGCAAUAUGAAUGAAUUGGGAAUGCUCCAAGAAUGGAAGUACAAGCAAGUUUCUCCGUAUUUCCCAAAUACGUGUGGUCCAAUAAAAGGUACCAAUGGAGACCUGUGGCCACCUCUUCCUAAUAAUAACACUGUCUCGGUAUUUUCUCCUGAUGUAUGCACUUCUCUUACAUUGAAGUCCAAUGGUAAAAGUGAAUGGCUUGGUGUAACAGGAAACAUGUAUGUAUCUGAUGAAGAUAUGCUAGACAACGGAACCAGAGUGGAUUCACGGCAAUGCUACUGUAAAGAUGUAAAAUGUCAACCGAGUGGAGUAUUGAAUGUUUCCUCAUGUAAAUUUGGCGCACCAGCUUUCGUUAGUUUGCCUCAUUUCUAUUUGGCUGACGAAAGUUACAGAGAAAACAUCACUGGGAUGGAGCCAAACAAGGAGGAUCACGAGUUCCAAUUGGUUAUUGAACCAACUACAGGUAUUCCAGUUAAAGUCAGAGCUGCUCUGCAAAUCAAUUUCUUAAUAGAACCAGAUGAGAGUUCAAGCUUCUUCAAAAAUAUUCCCAGAAUGUAUGCACCUAUGCUAUGGUUCACGCAAGAAACUAACUUAACUUCACAAUAUGCUGAUGAAAUGAAACUCCUGCUACUCUUACCUCCACUUGGAAAGUGGAUCUCCAUUUCUGUAAUGGUAAUUGGUAUAAUUUGUAUUUUCUACUCGGUCUUCAUAUAUGUUCGACAAAGAAGAAGUGACAUGAACGAAAAUCUGUUACCAAAGGACCGUGAAAAUGAAGAGAUACAACCAGGAGCUACUGAUGAAUGAUCUAUUUUUCUUUGCAUUUCACUAUAAGUUAAGACCGAGAGGUUAAGACUUUGUUAUUUUAAUUUGUUACCACGUUAUUUUCGUUUUUUUUGAGGGAUAAAAUAUUUUUAUUAAACAAUUCGUACAAUUCUUAAGUACAACGUGUGCCUGUUAAACAAUAUUGUAGCUUUAAUUUGUUCAUGAAAAGCCUUAGAAUGAUGGUUGCUGAUCUUUACAUAAUUUUGCUAACGUUAACAUCAUUUAUUAAAUUGUAAUUAGUAUUUUUGACAUUCCUCUAAUGUUAUACAUAAAUUUUAUACUGAUCUAUUUGAUUAUUCCACACUGAUCGUGUAGCUAUUGAUUACGAGUUUCAGAGAUCCAGUAAAUCGUAACUUUAAUAAAUUAGUUAUAGAGUAGAAAAAAUAACUGGUUUUAUAAAAAAAAAGUAUUCUGUAUAAGCGUGUACAGAUCAGUGAUUUAUAUGGUAUGAAUUGAUUUGUAUUAAAGUUUUUCAAAAGAACGAAAAUGUAGGCAAUAUAAUCCUUUACAUUUAUUGUGCUAGAAAUAUUUAGGAUAUUGUAAAUUGAAAUGAAAUAUUGUUUAGUUGAUAAAAUGUAAAUUUUUGUGUGUGAAUGUUUGUUUUAAAAAUACAAAAAAAAAAUCUAACAAUCAAGUCGAUGGAGUACAGGUAUCGUAAUUAAAUGUAUCACUUUUGAGUUGUUAAAAUCACGUGUGUAUUAAGGCAAUAAUGGCUGUCGAAAUUACUAAAUCGAAAAUAAAAAGAGUAUUGGAAGUAUGUGAAAAAGCAAGGUAAUUAGAAUGUUAUAUUCUUAGUAAGAAGAUUCAAAGUUAAACUGUUUGGAUUUAUCAAAGUUUACCAUGGAGAAGGCUGUGAUAAUGUGCUGUAGAUUCUUUGACCUUCAAGUCUUUAUAAACGAAAGAAAGUUUAAGUAAGUUUCUUUCGUUGGUUUGGACCUCCAUGAAACUCUUAAUUUUUAUGUAUAAUUUCUUAAAUAAUUUUGUUGUACACUAGUAUAGUUUGUUUGUGCAUAGAUUUUAAAAGAUUAUGUCACCAUUUGAUUAUAGAAAGUGAAAAAUUGCAAGUUGGUGUGAGCAAACUGAAUUUUAGGAAUUGAAAUAAACAUGAGAUUUUUCUAUAAAAAUGUUGCAGAUAAACAAAAUUUGUUAUUCUUAGAUUAUUAUUUUUGAAAAAAAUUGAAAUACACAAAACAAUAUAAUACUAUCGAUUAAAUUCACUGCCACAUUCUUUAAUUUGAUAAAACCAAUAUCAUUCAUUCGUAAUAUUCGUAAUAUUUAAUUGAAGUUAUUGUAAUGUAUGUUGAUAAAAAAAAUCGUUAAUCACUUUAUGAUCUAAAGAAGUUCCAAACAAAUUAGAAAAUAAGUUCCGUGAAUUACUGAAGUGUUUGAUCGAACAACGAAACAUUAUUAAAGUGAACUAAUGAUGUGAUAUUUUAUUUUUAUCAAUAUUUUUGUUCAUGAAUACCGUAGUUGAAUAUUGAUAACGUUUAUUUCAUAAGAUAUGGGAAUGUUACAGCAGGGCUUUUUAAAGAUCCAGCAUAUUAUUUAUUCAUUAGAGAUCAAACAAUCAAAAGCAUUCAAUCGUUAUAGUUACAAAAAAAAUAAAUAAAAUAAAACUUGGCUAUUUCUAUAAUUCUUGCGAUCAAAUACUUGUAAUCGCACAAUUAAUUACUCAACUUAAAAGUCCAUCUGUAUACAAUAAUUAACUUCUUUAAAAAUCUAGUUGACAUUCAAUCCAUCAAGAGAAUGGCCGAAUGUUUACAAAAUCCUUGAUGUAUGGCAAUAUUUAUAACCAUACACUUUUUUGAUCGGAACGGUAUGUACAGCCUGAACAAAAUUGAAUGUUCGUCAACCAUCGAUAUUCAACGGACAUUUUUUUUUUAGAUUAUGUAAAAUCAACGUAUCAAUAUUUCUUCAUGCAAAAAUUGUUAAACAUGGUUUCUGCAUAACAUUUUGUUUGGGAGGAACAUAAAAAAGCUAUUUGAAAUUCUCAACGAAACUUGCAAUUUAAUUUAAAUUGCUUAUUAUGAUUAAACAUAUAAGCAUAGCAUAUUAUGUACACACCUCAAUUUUUCUAAAAAAUAAUAGUAUUUUUUGACGA